AUGGAAGAGUCACGAAAAAUUCGAGUGGCGAUUUUGAUCUGUUCUGAUAGAGCUAGCGCUGGGAAUUAUGAAGAUAAGACCGGACCAAAACUAAAAUAUCAGAUUCAGCAAGCUCCGUUGAAUGGAGAGUGCUGUGAGUUUAAAAUCUUGCCCGACGAGCAAGAAGAAAUCGAGCAGCUUCUCAGAAUUUGGAGCGAUGUGAACAAGGUUGAUUUGAUUCUGACUUCUGGAGGGACGGGCUUUUCAAAGCGGGAUAUUACGCCGGAAGCGACGAGAAAUGUAAUUGAAAAGGAGGCGAUUGGGAUGGUUAUUGCAAUGAUGCAAUAUUCGUUGACGAAAACACCGAUGGCUAUGCUUUCUAGAGCUGUUGCUGGAAUACGAGGAAGCACAUUGAUCAUCAACCUUCCUGGAAGCUCAAAAGGCGCUCUUGAAUGCUUCGAAUCCGUGGCCGGUCAAAUUCCUCAUGCUAUCGACCUUCUUCAGAACUCACAUGCAAGUAUUGACGAGUUGCAUUCACGAAUGAAUGGAAUCGCUCUUUCGCCCGAGCAAAUCAAAUCGCCCUCGCCCGUGAAAGUCAAAAGCGCUCCUCAUGUUUGCCCUCACAAGAAGAAAAAAUCGGUCAAUUUUAAGAAGACUUCAAUUGUUGACAACCCCGCUCGUCGAGAUAGAAAAUCUCCUUGGCCGAUGCUGUCCGUCCAGGAGGCUUUACGCCUCAUAUUUGAAAACUCAGAAAAAGUGCCCUCCGAAGAAAUUGACUGCCGAAAAGCCAUGGGACGAAUAAUCUCCGAAAAGAUUGAAGCUCGUGUUCCUCUUCCUCCUUUUCCAGCUUCCAUCAAGGAUGGUUAUGCUGUUCGUUCUACGGAUGGAGGAGGGGUUAGAAAGCUGUUGACUUCCGUAGCAGCUGGGGAUGGAAGGGAUGAUAUUUUUCUCGCCAGUGGUUAUGUUGCUAGAAUUAAUACUGGAGCGCCCUUGCCAAAGGGAGCAGAUGCGGUUGUACAGGUCGAAGAUACAAACGUGAUCAGCAUGGACGAUGACGGAGAAGAAACAGAAGUCUCUGUCGUCGCCGUCCCGGUUGGAAACGACAUUCGGCCAAUCGGCUCUGACGUUUCUGCUGGCGAUGCUCUUUUAUUCCCUGGAGACCGACUGAACCCUUCGAAAAUCGGUCUUUUAUGUACAACUGGAAAUCGUUUGAUAAAAGUCUUCCGAAGGCUCAAAGUCGUCGUUUUCUCAACUGGUUCGGAAGUUGUCGAACUAGACCAACGCGAACUCAAACAUGGGCAAAUUUAUGACGCGAAUCGAUACGCCCUAAUUGGAUUUCUUGAGAAUCUUGGAUACUGUGAAGUCAUUGACGGAGGAAUUCUACCGGACAAGCCCCAAGUUUGCCUUGAUGCUUUCACAACAGCCCUAGAAGACGAAGUUGAUGUGAUCCUGACAUCUGGAGGCGUGAGCAUGGGGGAUAAGGACUACAUAAAGAGCAUUAUUACGAAUGAUCUCGGUGGAAAACUUCAAUUUGGAAGAGUAAAUAUGAAGCCAGGAAAACCAACCACUUUCGGAACAAUAGGCUCGACUUUGUUCUUCGGUCUUCCAGGAAAUCCAUCCUCCUCUGCCGUCACAUUCAAUCUUUUUGUGAAACCUGCGUUGCGAAUGAUGACCGGACAGAAUCCACGACCCAAUGUUGUCAAAGUCAAACUAGCGCAAGAAAUUGUUUUCGAUGGCAGACCUGAGUAUCAUCGUUGCGUUCUAGAUUAUUCCCGAGAAAGUGACCUCCCCAUGGCAGUUUCCACUGGCUCCCAGUGCUCUGCGAAUAUCCAGUCGAUGGCCAAAGCCAACGCGUUAAUAAUCGUCCCGCAAUCUUCCGACGCAAAAGAGUCCUACGCAUCGGGCGAGAUUGCCUGCGCCAUGCUUAUCGAUGAUUUUUAA